AUGGACUGUGUUCUGAAUCCUGGAAAAAUCCUGAUCCUGGAAAAGCAGAAACUGGAUGGGGUCUUCCAAGAAGAUGCCCCGAAAUCCGCUGGAGAGAUGGUUGGAGGGUACAAGGGGGCUGAGCCUGAUGUCUCUUUAACGGCUUUUGUGCUGAUUGCAUUGGAAGAGGCCAAGGACAUCUGCAAGGAUCAAGUCAACAGUUUGGAAGUCAGCAUCAGCAAAGCCACUGAAUACUUAGCCCAAAGGUACCAGUCUCUAACCAGACCGUACACUGUGGCUCUUGCAUCCUAUGCCUUAGCCAUGGUGGGGACACUGGACACUGAGAAGAUGCUCAUGAGAGCUUCGACAGAGGGAAAUCGCUGGGAAGAGCCAAACGCCCACACCUUCAACAUUGAGGGCACCUCGUACGCCUUGCUGAAAAUGAAGAAGUAUGAGUUGACUGGUCCCAUAGUCAGAUGGCUGAGAGAGCAGAACUACUAUGGAGGAGAAUAUGGAUCUACCCAAGCGACCAUCAUGGUGUUCCAGGCUCUUGCGCAGUACCAGAUAGACAUCCCCCUACACAAGGAGCUGAAUUUGAUUGUUUCUAUUUUCCUGUCACAUCAUUCUAGGCCUAUAAAGUACAGAAUCUCAAAUGAGGAUGCUCUAGUGGCCAGAACAGCAGAGCUCAAAUGGAAUGAAGACUUCACUGUGAAGGCAGAAGGAACUGGACAAGCAACAGUAACAGUAACGAUAAUUUAUAACGCAAAGCGAAAGGAAGAUGAAUCUCAGUGUAAGAAGUUUGACCUGAGGGUAUCGGUUGAAGAAGCCCAGGGUGGUUCCUCGGUGUGGUUGAUGCCACAAUGUCUAUCAUCGAUGUCUCCAUGCUCACUGGCUUCUCACCAGACAUGGAGGAUCUUAAGAGAGUACGUCAGUCUUUCCCAAGGGAUCAACAGAUACAUUUCCAAGUUUGAAAUCAACAAAGCCCCAUCCGACAGAAGCAACCUCAUAAUCUAUGUGGACAAGGUUUCUCACAGAGAGGAGGAAUGCCUGCAGUUUAAAGCUCACCAGUUUUUCGAAGUGGGGCUCAUUCAGCCGGCAUCCGUCACAGUCUACGACUAUUACAGCAUAGAUGGCCGGUGCACCAAGUUCUACCACCCGUCUAACCAGAGCGGGCUCUUCAAUAUGAUCUGUCACAGGGGCAUCUGCCGGUGUGCAGAAGAAAGCUGCUUCAUGCAGCAGAAGAUAGAGGGUCCAAUCACCCAGAACAGACGAAUGGAGGAAGCCUGCAAACCUGGAGUGGAUUAUGUGUAUAAAACCAGGCUUGUUAGAAUUCAACAAGUGGAUAGUUCUGACUACUACAUCAUGGAAAUUGUGGAACUCAUUAAGGCAGGGACUGAUGAAGAUCCACAAGGAAAAACCCGCCCAUUCAUCAGCCACAUAAAAUGCAGGGAGUCUCUGAGGCUGGAGCGUAACAAAGACUACUUGAUCUGGGCACUCAGCACCGACUUGUGGCCCAGGGAAGCUGAGCUAUCCUACAUCAUUGGCAAGGACACCUGGAUCGAGAAGUGGCCCAACGAGGACGAAUGCCGGAAGCCGGAUUUCCAGAACCUCUGCCAGGAAUUCCUUGAGUUCUCUGAAGCCAUGACCAUGUUUGGCUGCCCAGUCUAAACUUGGACCCAGCUUUCCCAGCAGCCCCAAGGGGACAGUUUGAGCUGAGAUGGAGCAUAACCCUCAAGGUGGAGACAUCUCCACUCAGAGUCCCAGUGCUGCUGACACUCGCCACUAGCCCUGUCCUCUUCGGGGGUUUCA